AUGUCGGAGCUGAGUGAUGAAGCCAGUGAGUCAGAGCUGCUGAGCCGCAGUCUUUCCAUGUGGCAUGGGGUCGGUCAGAUGCUCUGUCGGGAAGAGCUGGAUGUUCCCCUGGACUUGCAUACGGCCUCCUCCGUCGGCCAGUAUGAAGUGGUGCAGGAGUGUAUUCAGCGUGGAGAUCUGGAUUUAAACAAGAGGAAUUGUGGUGGCUGGACUCCACUGAUGUAUGCCUCCUACAUUGGCCACGACACCAUUGUGCACCUGCUGCUGGAAGCAGGAGUGAAUGUAAACAUCCCAACACCAGAAGGGCAGACGCCGCUCAUGCUGGCCUCCAGCUGUGGAAAUGAAAGUGUUGCUUACUUUCUUCUACAGCAAGGCGCAGAGCUGGAGAUGAAGGAUAUUCAUGGGUGGACUGCCUUAUUUCACUGCACCAGCGCCGGACAUCAGCAGAUGGUCAAGUUCCUACUGGACAAUGGGGCAAACGCCAACUGCAAGGAGCCAGUGUAUGGAUAUACACCUCUGAUGGAAGCAGCUGCCUCUGGUCAUGAGAUAAUUGUUCAGUACCUUCUCAAUCAUGGAGUAAAGGUAGAUGUCAGAGAUAACACUGGAGCCACAGCACGGACACUGGCUAUGAAGUAUGGACAUACAAAGAUUGUGGGGUUGAUAGAUUUGCAUGCAGCCCCAGUGCCCAAGGUCUUCUGCAGAGGUCCAGGAAAAUAUGAAGAGCUGAGUUCCUCAGAUGAAUCGUGUUCUGCUCCCCAGAGACAGAGGCCUGUUCGUAGGACCAAGGGUCCCAGCAUUCAUGAUGGGCCCCAGGCUUUGGCUAAGAUAACAGCAGUUGGAAUUGGGGGAAAGAAGCAGUCUCGUUAUGAGCAGGUCCCUCAGGGCUAUGUUACCUUCAAUGAUGAUGGCAGCUGUGAAGCAGAUAAUAUCCGGAACCGGGAUGUUACGUCUCCAAUUAAUGAGCAGGAUGUGGAGAGCAGCAGCAGCAGGGAGGAUAACAUUUUCUUCACCAACAACUUGACAACCAUCAGGAGCAGCAGCAGCAGCAGUGAAUGCCUGACCAAAGCCCUGGGAGUCAGCAGCGAAGGCUCCUUGGAAAGCAAUGAGGAUUCUGACCAUGCAAACAGUCCGCCUAGUCGGAAACAAGCCAAGAGCUUUAAGGUCAAGAACCGCUACAGCAACAGUGAUGGCCAGUGGACCCAUUGCGCAGGGAAAGCUGGGGGCUCUAGUCAGCACCUAAUCCUUCCUGAGCCCCCUGCCUAUACAGGGCCCCAGGACCUAGCAACAUUCCUUGAGCAGAUUGGGUGUCUGAAGUAUCUGCAAGUGUUUGAGGAGCAAGAUGUUGACCUCCGGAUCUUCCUGACACUCACAGAGAGUGAUCUGAAGGAAAUAGGCAUCACUCUGUUUGGACCCAAGAGGAAGAUGACUUCUGCCAUUGCCCGAUGGCACAGCAACGCUCGGCCGCCCAGUGAUGCCCUGGAGCUGGCCUACGCGGAUCGGCUGGAGGCUGAGAUGCAGGAGUUGGCCAUUCAGCUGCACAAGAGGUGUGAAGAGGUGGAGGUGAUGAAGGGUCAGGUGUCCCAGGAGCAGAAGCUGCGUGCAGUGGCUGAGAGCUGUUUGAUGGAGCGGGAUGAGACCUGGAAUGCUAUCCAGUGCCAGCUCAGAGAGGCGCAGGCCAUCACCAAGGAUGCUGGAGUCCUACUGGAUCAGAUCAAAUCCUGUCAAGCAGAGCUGUCCUCCCGGCUAACCCAAGAGAAGGCAGUCAGCAGAGGGCUGGAUGCAAAGGUGCAGCUGGGAACCGGUGAGAGCAGGCGGCCUGGUGAGCGUCCAGUGCUGGAAGGAUGGCCACCUUCCUUGAAGUCUCUGAGCUUGCCAGAGCUGUCAGCUGUCCUAGAGCAGUGUGUGGGAGAAAUGGGAAAAGCUUUGCAGACUGUGACUCAAAACCUCCAAAGGCUCCAAGCCCCGGGGCAGAGCGGGCAGAGCUGGCUAGAGCCAUAA